CAGGUGGUGCGGGUAAAUCAGGAAUAGUAUCUGAGCUUUUAUCAAGUGAAUUAUAUGUCAAACCAAAAAAACAAAAAUCAGGUUCCAACUGGUGGAAUGGAUAUAACAAACAUGAGAUAGUUCUUUUUGAUGAGUGGUAUACAUGUAUUGAUUGGAAUGAUAUUGUUAAAUAUCUUAAUGAUACUCCAGAGGAUGUUGAGCAAAAACACAAAGGAUUUAUUCCAUUUCUAGCUAAAUAUGUAUUUAUAACAUCUCAUAAGCCUCCAGAGGAAGCUUUUAAUUUUCGCCACCAGCGCACCACCGAGCUUAUAUUUUACAAGGGUUCAGAGGAAGAUUUUCGCAACAUGAAUUGGGAUGUUAAAUAUUGUAAGGGUGAAUUUACUGUUGAUGAGCUAAAAACUAUAGUUCAAGAUUUAAAUCAAGAGCAAGAUGAUCAUGAUGAUAUAAAUAUAUCAAAUUCUCGUAUGAUGCUUGAUGAUAAUUAUUUUGUUCAAAAACCUGUAGAAGUUAUAGAAAUGACCGAUGAGUAUGCUAGUAAUCAAGAUUGA